UCCUUUUCGUCCCGCUGGAGAGUGGAGAGCCCUAAACUCGAUCGUUUCCGAUUCCGAGCAAACUCGAAGCAACUGAGCCACGCAAGAAGGUACAAAGUUUGUUCCUUCGGUUGGUUGCUGAGAAAGCACAAAACCAUCGUAAAGAAGAAUGGAAAUCAACUUUUAAUUUAUUUUCUCACAUUGUGUCGGUGUCGGCAGCCAAGAGGCAAAGUUUUUUGAAAUUAGAAGUAUCGGCUUUUGAUUGUUCAGAGGAAACCAAUUGAUCGGAGCUGCAGAUGGCCAGCACUGUGGAUUCAGUCGGAGAUCCGGUCCCGACCUCAGCGUUACUGAUGGCGUCGGCGAAGCACAUAGCGACCAGAUGCAAGAGCGAAAACGUUGCCUUCGUCAAAUGCAAGAAGGACGAUCCCAACCCCGAGAAAUGCCUCGAUAAAGGCCAGCAAGUCACUCGCUGCGUCCUUAGCUUGUUGAGAGAACUUCAUCAGAGUUGCACAAAGGAGAUGGAUGCGUAUGCAGGCUGUAUGUACCACCACACCAAUGAGUUUGAUCCAUGCCGAAAAGAACAGAGAAAGUUCCAGGAAGCAUGUUCGUUGGAUUGAGUGACAGAUAUGACAUUCGAGAUUCUCAAUCUGAAAUGGCAAAUUUUACUUUUAUCGUGUAGAAUUGCUCCUUGGCAUAGCACCAUGUAUAUGGCAAUUAAGUAUCGCUUCUUGGUCAUGCUUCUGAUAAUAAUAUAGUCUAUGAAUACCCUUAUUGAAAGUAAAUUCCAUUACAUAUGGUUUAUUAUUGAUAUUUUGA